UGCAUUGAGAGAAGCCCACUUGCAUACACACAUAGUAGUAGCAGCCGCAUUCUCACAGCCUGCUCUUCAGACUGACAGCAGCAAACGGAGUUGAGAGCCAGCACAACAGAGAGAGGAGGCCAGAGGGCUGGAAACAAGGAAGUCAUCUACAGAGGACAGGAAAGAAGAAAUUUACUCAGGAUCUGCUGCUUUUUCAGCAACCUGGGAACCACAAAAGGAAUCUCCCAUCUGCUCUUCUUCAACUAAACUUUCUCUGCUGGAGGACCUGCUCUCUGUAAUGGCAGCCCUGAUGGGACACGAGGACUCGACUUCCCACUCAUCUGUCCCCUCUCAUCCUUGUAUGUUCUUCCUUUGGGCUCUCUCCACUCUCUUGAGUCAGGUCUGCUGCUUUAAUCUGGACACCACUCACACACUCCACAAGCUGGGGGACCGGGGCACCUUCUUUGGUUUCUCUGUGGCGCUUCACCAGCAGCUUAACCCCGAGCCUCAGAGCUGGAUCUUGGUUGGAGCUCCACAGGCAGCAGGGCAGGGUCAGCUGAGGGGAAGUCAACCUGGAGCCCUUUUCCGUUGUCCGAUCACACCGGAGGAGUACGAUUGUGAGAGGGUCGAUAUCGAUGGAGACGUAAGUCUCGACAGAGAGAGCAAAGACAACCAGUGGUUGGGAGUUUCAGUCAAAAGUCAGGGAAUUGGAGGCAAGGUGGUGACCUGUGCUCACCUAUAUGAGCUGAGACAACGAGUCAGGCAACCUUCAGAAACUCGGGACCCAAUCGGACGCUGCUACGUCCUGAGCGAUGACCUGACGAGGCGGGAUGACUUGGAUGGAGGAGAAUGGAAGUUCUGCGAGGGCCGACCGCAGGGACACGAGCAGUUUGGUUUCUGUCAGCAGGGCCUGUCUGUCAGUUUCACUCCAGACAGAAACUUCAUCCUAUUUGGAGCUCCGGGAACCUACAACUGGAAAGGUGAGAUGCGAGUCGAGCUCCUGAACCAGACUGUGCUUGACCUUGGUUUCUAUGACGACGGCCCGUACGAGGUGGCAGAUCACAAAGAGCUCAAUGCGCUGCUCAUCCCUGUGCCCUACCACAGUUACCUGGGGUUUUCUGUAGACUCAGCAAAGGGUAUAAUGAACCUCGAGGAGUUGACCUUUGUGGCUGGUGCACCACGUGCCAAUCACACAGGGGCUGUGGUGCUGCUAAAGAAGGACAAUGUGCACAGACUGGUGCCACAGCACAUUUUCUGGGGAGAGGAGCUUGCAUCUUCGUUUGGAUAUUCGGUGGCUACAAUGGAUCUCAACAAUGAUGGGUGGACAGAUGUGAUUGUUGGCGCUCCUAACUUUUUUGACCGCAAAGCAGAGAUCGGUGGAGCUGUUUACGUGUAUCUAAACCCCUUCGGUCACUGGGAUGAUCAGGCCAGACCAAUCCGCCUCAAUGGGACAUACGACUCCAUGUUUGGGAUGACAGUCAGCAAUAUCGGAGAUCUGGAUCAGGAUGGAUAUGGAGAUAUUGCCGUGGGAGCUCCAUUUGAUGAAGAUGGAAAAGUUUUUAUCUACAGAGGCUCUGAUGCUGGAAUUGAGACUAAACCUGCUCAGGUUCUGGACGGCCAUGAUUUUGAUGUGAAACGUUUUGGAUACUCCAUCUCAGGGGGUCUGGACAUUGAUGAGAACCACUAUCCAGAUGUGGUUGUCGGUUCUCUUAAUGACUCAGUGGUUCUCUUCAGGUCUUGUCCGGUCAUCCACGUGAUCAGAGAAGUAUCAAUUGAUCCUCAAUAUAUUGAUUUGGAGCAGAAGAACUGCAAGGGAAGAGAUGGAGUCUGUGUUGAGGUCAAGGCCUGCUUUAUGUUCACGGCACAUCCUCAUCACUACUCACCGCACAUUACCCUUGUGGUGCAGUUUGAAGCUGACACGGAGCGCAGAAAGCUGGGCCUCCCUCACCGUGUUAACUUCCUGGGACGCAGCUCGCUGGAGCCUGAGUACACACAGACAGAAGAAGUGGAGCUCCAUCGGCAGCGCCACACUGACUGUGCCACUGCCAUCUUCCAGCUGCAUGAAAACAUUCGUGACAAAUUGCGUCCCAUUUCACUAGCGAUAACCCACACAAUCAAGCCUGUGCCACCACGCAGACACUCUGCCAAGAGAGCGCAGAAGCUACCACCUGUACUGAAUAUUUCUCCAUCUAACAUGCUACAUUCUGAGGUGAACUUCCUGCGAGAAGGAUGCGGCAGCGAUAAAAUUUGUCAGAGCAACCUGAAGCUGAGCUACCAGUUUGGAACCAUUCCCCUGAACUCUGACUUCACUCCUCUGCCAAAAGAUGAUGAUGGUGUGCAGGUGUUUUCUCUGUCUAAUCAGCGACUGGUGGUGCUGGAGGUCACCAUCACCAACAUGCCUUCAGACAGUCUGAACCCCGAGGAAGACGGUGAUGACGCUCAUGCUUCCCAAUUGUUUAUCACCCUUCCAAGCACAUUGCCAUAUGCUGGCUCCAGGGUCCCACCACAGAUGAUAUGUCAGGCGAAUCAGAAUGGCUCCAAAGUUGAAUGUGAUCUAGGAAAUCCUGUCAAACGAAAUGCGAAGCUAAAAUUUACCAUCAACCUAAGUACAUCAAACAUUACUACUGAGACCACUGAGCUGACAGCAGAUCUCCAACUGGCAACGAUCAGUGAACAGCUUGAUCUGGAUCCUGUCACAGCGUUCGCAAAAGUGGUGAUAGAGCUCCCCCUGUCCGUCAGUGGACUGGCUCGUCCCCAUCAGCUCUUCUUCAGUGGGACGGUGAAGGGGGAGAGCGCCAUGACCAGCCUGGAGGACAUCGGCAGUCCUGUGGAUUUAGAGAUUGUUGUUUCCAAUCCUGGAAAAGCUCUCCAGACACUAGGUUCUGCCUUCCUCAACGUCAUGUGGCCUAACGAGCUGGCCAAUGGGAAGUGGCUACUGUAUCCUGCAAGCCUGAAGUUUGAGGGCCAACCAGAGACUCGCUGUAGUCCUGCCAGGGCUGUGAAUCCUCUAAAGUUGCAGAGCUCAUCAGCUGCUGAUCAGGUGGUGGGUAGAAGUCGCCGCUCACAUCCAGAGGAGGAAGAUCAAGUAAUGACCAAAGGCAGCGAUGGACGCACCACACCGGCAGUGGCAGCUUCAGAGAGACGCAAGUCACUCAAAUUGGAUUGCCUUCUUGGGUCAGCGCGCUGUGUGCUGUUCCAGUGUCCACUCCACAGCUUUACUGGUCAGGCUGUCCUCAAGAUCCAUGCCAGGCUGUGGAAGAGCAGUUUCAUAGAGGAUUUCCCAACAGUUAGUGCUCUGGAGCUACUGAUCAGAGCCAACAUCACUGUGAGGUCCAGCAUCAAACACCUGGUCCUCAGGGAUUCAUCUGUACAGAUUCCAGUUAUGAUCUACCCUGAGCUUGGUCCCGCAGACCAGUACUGGAUCCCCUGGUGGAUCAUCCUGAUAGCUAUCUUGGCAGGCAUCCUGCUGCUGACUCUCCUCGUCUGCAUAUUGUGGAAGUGUGGCUUCUUCCGGCGUGCACACUACAAAGACAAACUUCCUCAGUACCACGCGGUAAAGAUUCCUCGCGAACUCCGGCCACAGUUCCAAACGGAGAAGUCUGGAAGAGUCCAUAAAAAGGAAUGGGCCACGCACUGGAGUGAUGGGACCUUGUAACUUUGAAGCACUGUCUGAAUUCGAAGCACCGUGUAUGGCACUCAUUCUGUCUUUGCUUAGUAACCAAAAGAAAUAAAAGUGCACCAAGACUGGGAUCAUGAGAUUUCGUGCAUGUCAAAACAUGCUAAUUGGUGGCCUUUGGGCUUAACUGUAUCCUCCAAACUGCAGGUCAUUAACAUCUUGGCCUCAGAUAUUCUGUUUACGCUGUGCUUCCACUGUGUUUCACAGUUUGACAGCAAGCAUUGAAGGCUUGCAACAAGAUUAGAACAUGUCUAGCUGCCCAAUAUGUUUCACGGCCUACACAAGGAAGCGUUGACGCUUCGCCGUCUGUUAGCGGUUUUGACUGGCAGAUCAAAGGAGGACUGGAAAAUCAACGACAUGCAUGGAUGCACAAACAUACAGGACAAUAUUAGAUGCCAACAGACAUGCAGAUUGAUGCAGAGGCUAUUUGACAAAGACUGCUUUUUGCCUUAACUACUGAGACUAAAAAUGAUUAUGGGCAAAGAAAAACAGCUUUUUAAUGAAAAGAAUGUUUGGAAAAUAUAUUUUUUUUUAGUAAUGAUGUACUGAAUGCAUUUUUUUCUUGGCUACAAAAAGUUAUUAAAUACAGGUGCAUCCCAUUAAAUUAAAAAUAUCAUUGAGAGGUUAAUCUAUUUCAGUAAGUUCAAAAAGUGAAACAUAUUUAUAACAUACAGUGAUAUGUUCUUACUUUGAGGGUAAUUUGAUAGUUUACUGCUACUGAAAAUUCAUUACAUUUGCCACUUUGUGUUUAAUAAAUGAGUUUCACUUUUAAAAUUUAGUUACUGAAAUAAAUGUCUUGAUGAAGUUUUAAUUUGAGAUGCACCUCUAUGCUGGCUUUUUUUGCUGUUACUUGAUUUUACUGUUUUCUCUUUUUUAUGUUAGUUAAAUUUGCUGAACAUCUCUGGUCUGCUGCCUGGGUUACCUUGAAUUUAAAAUGAAAUACAAUACAGGCUAUGAAAUGCUGGUGUUCAUGGCAAUGUUGUUGCAUGGAAAUCAAAUGUGUCAGAAAGGUAAGCAAAAUGGAACUCAAUUUCCUGCUGAUAACAGCAUAUAUAAUGAUCAUUUCGCAAAAGGCAGAAUGUCUAAAAUUAUUUUAAAACAUUUUCAGUGACUUUUUUUUUUUUGCUUUGCUGAGAGGAGUCAUCAAGUAUGUUUUUCAUCAGGCAAUUUAUGAGCUGUGCAGCAGAUAAAGUUUUCUAAUUAUACAAUCUAGUUAUUCACAUUGAUAACUACUCACAUGGGUUCACGUGAACCAGUACAAUAAUUUCAGCACUGACAGGUCUAAUUUCAAACGUGUGCCUUAUUGUAAACAUGGCAGAUGGAGAGCUACUGGUUACAAACACAAGGCUGCUGCUAAUUAGAUGCUGCUGCCCCGAGACAUCUGUUGGACACAGGUGGACGAGUACAACAUCCUUCAGACACCGAAAUAACACAAAGAGGGGAUUUCCUAGUUUUCUAAAAGAACAGCAAACGGAGCAGGACAAACUUUUUUUGGGUUUCGUUGGAGUCAUUAACUCGGUUGUAAAGCAUGAGGAGACAGCUUGGAUUUUUAUGUAUUGCUGGACAAUCGUUUGUGUUUUCUGCAUGAUGGUCCCACUGCUGUUCUGACGUCUCCAACUACAAUUAUGUUUGUUGCCAUUCGUUUUAUUUAUAUUGGUUUGGCUGUACUGUUUCAACAUUGUAAAUAAAAUACCACUCGGUCGAUCAA